UAGUAUUUAUUUUUGGGCUUUAGAGUAGUGCUUAUCGUUAUCGGCAGUGCACCUAAUCAGCUGUGACAGUACAAACUGAUAUAUUUAAUAUAGAUUAAACUUAAAAUUAAGUAAUGGCGGUAGACAACUGCAUUUUCUGCCAAAUAUCCAACGGGCAGGACCCCAAAAGUGUUCUGGUAGUGGAAACCAAUGAGUUUGUCAUUUUCCAGGACAUUAAACCUGCUUCCCAGCACCAUUACUUAGCAGUGACCAAAAACCACUACGAUAGCCUUAAGGAUCUAAACAAAACGCACGACUCUCUGGUACAACGCAUGGAGAGCGCCCUGAAGGAGUUCUUGGUUGGCAAGGGGGUUUCUGUCGAUGAUGCCCUCUUCGGAUUUCAUCUGCCGCCGUUCAUCACGGUGAAGCACCUUCACAUGCAUGCCAUCGCCCCACGAACCCAAAUGAGCUUCCUAUCGAAAUUGAUCUUUAGACCCUCCUUUUUUUUCAAAACCACCGACGAGGCGCGUUCUUACCUUUCUCAGAAGGAAUAGAUCGGGACAAAGAUAAUUGCUAGAUAUAUAUGUACAUAUACUCUCGCGAGGCCAUAACUAAUAAACGGAGCCAUCUAAUACAAUACAAUCUAA